AUGAAUUGCUCCGAUAAGUUGACGUUCAAUUUUCAUUUCCUACCCAACAAAACAUUUGAAUCUCUUGAAAAUAAAGAUGCCAAAACAACUCUGCUUAAAUGGUCCAUGAAGGAUCGCAUUAGAAUUCAGGCAUUCUCUUUCGAUCAAGUUUAUCAAUGUUACAGUAAACAGCAAUUUCUUGAAGAUUUUUUCAAAGAUCCUGAAGUUUUUUGUAAUUUGCAGACGUUAUCUUCUAAUGGAAAAUGGGUAUUGUUAGGCCAACAGAUAGGUUCGGUAUCAAUAGAAGAUGUUUCAACGACAAAGACUUCCAUGACAUUUUUUGACAGGCUGCAAAAUGACGAAGUUGUCAGAAAAUCAGGCAACAUAAUAAGAUGCUUUGAGGAGUAUUAUGAUGACAUGAUAAUUGAUGAUGAACUAAGAAAGAUGUUGUUGGUAGAGGACUCAGACAAUUACGAUCUUUACAGCAAAGAAGAUAGAAAAGAAUUUUUAUUCCAUAUUUUUAAACAUUUCUGUCUCGGCGGAUCACUCUGCCAGUUUGAAGACGAGAUGCAACCUUAUCUCAACAUGACUAGAUCUCUUUAUAAGGAUCUCAUCAGUGUUCAAAAGGACCCAAAAACGGGACAGAUAGUUGUGGCGUCAUUUGUGUACAAAAUUGUAGCCAAGGAUAAACAUGGAAGCACAAUAUUCCCAUCCCGAGAGAACAACAUGCAAGACUUCGCGUACGUUUGCAUCGACCCACUGAAGAAACACGUAUAUGUUUUAACCCAUGUCUUCGGGGUCACUUUACCAGAAAUUUGA